UGGCGGCGCUGACCGCCCUGCUGGGGACUUUUCCCUCCAAACCGGCUCUGCUCCCGUCACAUCCGCUGCCCGGCCCAGCUUGGGAAGUUUACCCGGCGAUUGUUUGCGCCGGAGGAAGGAGGCGCCCGACGGGAAGGGCUGUUGCCGCUGCCCUGCCGCGGGGAGAAACUUUCCUCGCCGUCCGAAGUGAAAGGGCGGGGAGGCGGGUGGACGGACGCACGGACGGAGGGACAGACGGACGGGGCAGCCGCCGGGCAGGCAUGGGGGGAAGAACCAUGCCUGGGGCGGCGGAAUGAAGCCGGGCCGGCGAAGAGCUCGCCGCUUCUUUUCCUGUCUGCUGCGUUAAGAAGCGUGUGGGAGGACGGCAGCUGGCUUCGUGUGAGCUGCGGGGCGCCUGGGCCACGGGAUGGGCGAGCGGCCGGCGGCGCGUUGGCUGCUCCUCCACCACCACCACCACCACCACCUCCUCGUUUUCUUCCUCGUGCGUGGCGUCAGCGUGGCCGGGCGCUGCCGGGCUCACUUCGCCUUCCCUCUGCGGGUGUCUUCCCCGGUCGCCCCCGACGGCUCCGUGGCGCCCACGCCCCUGUUCCUGAAGCCGCCGGGCGGCGACGGGACGGGCAGCCCGCCCGAAAAGGCGGCGGGCUUAGCCUUCGCUUCGGAGCCCGGCGGCGCCGUCAACUUGGUGGCCAUGGUGGACAAUCUGCAGGGGGACUCCGGGCGCGGCUACUACCUCGAGCUGCUCGUCGGCACUCCGGGCCAGAAGCUAAAUAUUCUAGUUGACACUGGAAGCAGCAAUUUUGCAGUUGCAGGUGCACCAAAUACAGAUGUGAGCUCAUACUUCGACACAGAAAAAUCUAGCACAUAUCGAUCACUGGGUAUUGAGGUCACAGUUAAAUAUACUCAAGGAAGCUGGACUGGAACUCUUGGCACUGACGUUAUUACUAUGCCUAAAGGAAUCAACGGCACUUACACCAUCAACAUUGCAACUAUUUUUCAGUCUGAAAAUUUUUUCUUGAAAGGCAUUGAAUGGCAGGGGAUCCUUGGACUUGCCUACGACACCCUGGCCAAGCCUUCAAGUUCUGUGGAGACAUUUUUUGAUUCCCUUGUGAACCAAGCAAGGAUCCCGAACAUUUUUUCCUUGCAGAUGUGUGGAGCUGGUUUGCCUGUAUCUGGAACUGGUACCAAUGGAGGUAGUCUUGUUCUGGGUGGAAUUGAACCAAGCCUAUAUAAGGGAGAAAUCUGGUACACACCUAUUAUGAAGGAAUGGUAUUAUCAGGUUGAAGUACUCAAGUUGGAAGUUGGAGGCCAGGUUCUGAAUCUGGACUGUAAAGAGUACAAUUCAGAUAAAGCUAUUGUGGACAGCGGCACGACUCUCCUGCGCCUGCCAGAAAAAGUAUUCCAGGCUGUUGUGGAAGCAAUUAUCCAGACAUCCUUGAUCCAAGAAUUCUCAUCUGGAUUCUGGAGAGGUACACAGCUUGCUUGCUGGGAUAAAACUGAAAAACCCUGGACCUUCUUUCCUGAGAUCUCUAUCUAUUUGAGAGAUGAAAAUUCAAGCAGAUCAUUCAGUAUCACUAUCUUUCCACAGCUUUAUAUUCAGCCAGUUCUAGAGGUUGCCCCAAAUCUAGGCUGUUAUCGUUUUGGCAUCUCCUCUUCCAAUAAUGCCCUUGUUAUUGGUGCAACAGUGAUGGAAGGAUUCUACGUCAUCUUUGACAGAAGUCAGAAGCGAGUGGGCUUUGCAUUAAGCACUUGUGCUGAAAUUGAUGGUUCUCCAGUAUCUGAAAUCAAAGGCCCUUUCACAACUGCAGAUGUGGCAGGCACGUGUGCAUCCACAGUGUUCCUCCAUGAGUCGCUAUUAUGGAUUGUGUCAUACACACUUAUGAGUUUUUGUGGACUUGUCCUUCUUGUGCUCAUUAUCUUACUGCUCCUUCCAUCUCGGUGUCGUCAUCCAUAUACUGACAGUGACAUUGUAAACGAUGAAUCCUCCUUAGUACGACAUCGAUGGAAGUGAAGAACUUGGUCACAGCACAAAGAACCCCUGUGUUCUGCCUGACAGAAUUAAGGAGGACCUAUUCCAGUCAAAGGUGGAAUUCUAGACAUGACUCCUUAUAAACACUGGCACCACAGAAUGGCCUCCAAUAAUUUUAAGCUUUAUUUUCUAACACUGAUUUCUUGAACAGAAUAUGUAUAUAACCACUGCAAGUGCUACUAUGCCAUUUCUAAUUGACAAUCACACUGCCAAGUAAUUAAUAUAUAUAUUUUUAAAAUACUAAAACUUUAUUCCAAAGCUU